AGACUUAUUUUUCUUAUUUCAGGUAGUGUAGGGGCACCAUCCUUCUCCUUGCAUUCAUGGAGGGGGAACGGAGGGAAGAGAUCUAGCCUAAGGGUGGCAUAAUUUAAAAUUCCAUUGUGCCAUGUGGUCCAUGCAAAAGGCUUGAGAGAAGAAAACUUGAAAAAGGAACUUGUGAAACAGAAGCCUUAUCUUAUCAUGCCCAUUGCACCAAAUCAGCAUGCAGAACAGCUCUACACUCUGUCAGCUGUGUCAAAGGCAUCACCAGCCAGCCAUCUCAUCACAUUAAGCCCCCAUAGGUGUGCACACCAGAGUGAAGACAUCGAUGUGCCACAAGUGAAUCCACCUUUGAAUGUAACCAUUCUACCUCAGGAACCAGUAGUGGGAGGCCCUACUCCUCCUUUAUUGAAUUUGAGUCCUGGUUUGAAUCCCAGCACAAUGGAAGUACGGCAGCAUGCAUCUCCUGGUGGAGCUGUCUAUGACCUUCGAUCCAUCACAGAUCUGAAUCAGCUCAAUGCUCACUUGAGUCCGGUUCCAGGAAGUAACUCAAGAGCUGCCUUCCUUUCUCACUUGUCUUCUGCCUCUAGUGAUGGGGUCUCUAAGUGUGAUGGCGGACCAGGAAGGAAGCGUAGACGCUUGUCCAUUGGCACAACGAGGUCAAAUGGCCUUUCUCCAUCCCCACCUCUGAUCUCAGGACCACAUAGUCCUAGCAGUGGGGUUAAUCUCCGUCGCAGGAACCCGUCCACCCGUUAUCGCAAUUCUGCCUACUCUUCUGCUGAUCUUGACAGAAAAAUGACAUUCAGACAUGCAGAUGUAAUGAAGCUUCUUAAAGGAGCUGAAAUUGAUGAAGAGCAAGCUGUUAGUUCUGAUGUUGGAGGUGAUUCAGAUGCAGACGACAACUUACCCAUUGAAACACCUAACAGCAACUGGAGUUCAACACAAGGGAAGAGUUGCCAGGAUGAUGUUCCAUCUAAUUUGAUGAAAUCUUAUGAUGCUGAUAGCGACACUGACUACCACCCCUCAACCCAUGCCAAAACUAGUGGUAGUGAUAACAAGUGUGGGAAAGAAUUGGAUUUGACACUGGAUGAGCUCAAAGCUGUACUGGGGAUAAUUGUAUUCAUGGGUCUUCAUCCACUACCAAGUAUGAGACUAUACUGCCCCAUACAGAGAAGAUGUGGCCGCCGUGGAGGGGGCAUUGGGGCUGGUGCUGGAGGCCUCAGUAUUGGAGGAGUAAUUGGCAAUGGAGGAGGUGGUGGGGGUGGCCCAGGUGGAGGAUUGGGGAUUUGGAACAAUCAUCGGGCUCGAGAUUUCUUAUCUGAGGAGGAAAGCCUUGGCAACUUCUUGACUGCAUCCUUGCCUGGGAGUCACUUUUCAACUACCUCAACUACCCCCAUGACUCUUGGCAACAAUCCCUCCAGGGCUUUGUUUGACUUCUCCCAGGUGAAUAUUGGUUGGUGGAGGCCUGGGUCCAGGCCUCAGACCAAUUUUGACAUUACAUUAUUCUGUGUCGUGCCAAUCGACCCAACAUUGAGUGUCAUGGCCGUGUUUGGGCCUUGCCUCAUCAUUCCCACUCGGGUACCAGUAUCUGUCCCUGUGGGGUUGGCAACACCCUUAUAUCCAACAGCACAGGGGCACGUUCCUCUCUGCACUGCACCUCAUCCGUCAGCUACACGGCUUCCACCAUGUCAAGUCCACUCCUUCUACACUCAAGCCUGCAACCAUCUGCCUGUUUCUUGCCAGGUUCCGGGAUUAGCAGGACGUGGGUAUCCAGGAUUUUUUGGCCUCUCCCAGCAGACCCCCAUUAGUGCCCUGCCUCCAUCCUUCCAACCCCCCCUCGCUCAUUCCCUCCAUAUCUCAGCUGGGGGAGGGAGAACUGAGGAAGAUCUCCUCCGUCGUGCUAGCCCAGGGAAUGGGAUCGCAUCACUUGGUGUCAUCCCAUCUCCUGCAUCUCUAGCUCCAGCACCUGCUCGAAAUCAGUGCCCUGUUUUCAACCCCAGUGCCAAUCCUUUGAUUAUGGCUGAUACUCGAGGACAGACUGAGGCAAAUGGAGGCCGGACACGUCGUGCCAGCAGCCAGUUGAGGCGCAUUCUCCCUCAGCCAGCAAUGGCUCCAUUACUUCCUGGGGACCAGGCCAUGCACAGCAUAGAUGGCGGUUCCAUUCCUCACCUGUCCCUCCACCCAAUGGGAAUGGGCAUCCUCAUCAACAUCACCAUGUUGGUGGGAGUGGACAUGGGCAUGGACAUGGAGUUGGGAUGGCAAUGGGCCAUCAUCAUCAUCAUCAUCAUCAUCAUCAUCUACCACCCCCACACCCCCCAACACACCAUCACAAUCCUGCUCAAGCAUCCAACCCAGGAUUCCUCCUUCACUUUAUGUCAAGCCAUGCUUUCCAAUCCAAAUUUGGCUGCCAUCAAUGUUAGAGGAGAAGUUGCUGGUUCUGACCAGGAAACAGAGAACUAUGAGGCACUUCUGAGCCUUGCAGAACGACUUGGUGAGGCAAAACCUCGAGGACUACUCCGUCAUGAGAUUGACCAGCUUCCAUCAUAUCGAUUCAGUACUGAAAGCCGUCAGAGUGAGCAGAACACAUGUGUGGUGUGUAUGUGUGACUUUGAGGCUCGCCAAGUUCUUCGUGUCCUUCCUUGCUCUCAUGAAUUCCAUGCGAAGUGUGUGGACAAGUGGCUCAAGUCCAAUCGCACGUGUCCAAUCUGCCGAGGGGAUGCGGGUGAAUACUUCUCCAACUCCGAAUAGGAAGAUCACACUGCAUGCAUCAGGAAAAGCUGUUUCACGCUUCAUCAUCCCAUGCAUGCAUAGUGCAUCCACAAGCCUGCUCGUGUGCAUUUGACAUAUGUGCCCAUUUUCCUCUUUCUCUAUCCUGCUUGUCUGGUUGGAACAUCUGAAUCGUUUUCCAGCUUCACUCCUAGUUCCUGUCCCGUUUUGUCUGAAAUUCAUUCCCAUGUGAAUGACACAUGUCACCUCCAUUGGGCAUUAUGAAGUUUGUGUUUCCGUGCAUACUUGCUCAAAUCCUUGAUAGUCAUCACGAGGGGAAGCAAUGAGAAGAAAGACGUAUGAUGUGCAGUGGGAAUUAAAUGCAUUGAUUUGUCCCUUUUCCCAUUCUGAUUUUUUUUUUCUACUUCUGUUCUGCUUAGUCUAGAUAUCCAAAGGAGAUCAUCUUUGGGGUGCCAUCAAUUCUCCUCCCCUUUUCUCCUGACCUGCAUGUCUUUCGUGUGGCUUUCAAAAACUAUUAGCACUUCUCAGCUGGAAGUCCUCUUUCUCAUGAGAAUGCUCGUUUUCCAUAUUUCUCUUCCUGUUCCCUUCUGUGAUUGACAUUAAGGUCAUCAGCAAUUUUUCCCUCAGCAGUUUUCAUCCAGAGUGGUUUCUAAAGUUUAUUCGGAAUUAGUUGUGAGACUCUUUUAAUGCCACCUGUAACAGUUCCCUCCCCUCCUCCUGCCUUUAAUUUUUGAGUGAGUAAAGUCACACUGGAAACUGUUGCGGGUACAAUCUCGAUUGUGAUUCUUCUUGUGGUUGGGUUCAUUCUCCAUUGGUGGUGAAUGGUGCCUCCCUGCCAGAGAGAGGAAAAAAAAGGGAGGAAUCAAAAGAAUGGUAAAAAAAAAGCAAGAUGUUACUGAUGUGAGUAAUGUUUGAUUCCUGGCCACUUUUCCCCCAAUUGAUUUCCCUGCGAGAUGUUUUGUCUUGUGAUUUGACUAUAGUACAAAUUCUUUCUUUGCUUCAAGCAUGUACUACUCUUCUUGAUUUCCUCUCCCAUUUUCUCUCUUGGUCUUUCCUCAAUGAAAUGAACUGGAAGAGAACUCAGAACAUUAGGGAAGUGCAAAAAAAAAGCAUGUAUGGGGAAAGAAAGAUCUCACAUUCAUGGCAUUCUGGGACUCUUUCUCCUCCUUUUUACCUAUUUGCUUCCCCCAACCAAGGCCCAUAUACGUCUAGAUUCUGUGAUGCCAAUUAAAACAAAAUUUGCUGCCUUAUUUCCCCAAUCUUUAUGUCUAUGAAGAAGAUACAGGACAUUUGUUCACCCCUCUUCUUUUGUCAGUCAAAGCUUCCACACUUGGGGCUCUUAGGCAAAAGGAUUGAGAUACUGUAUGAAGAAGUUUGUCAUGUUGUUGAAAAAAUCCUGGAACCCAUGUGCAAUAUGUCUGUUGUUUUCUGGGCCAUCUCACUCCUGAUGGGAGGCACAAAAAUAAGCAGAGAAGUUUUUGUCAAUUGGCUCACAAAUACCUCAUGUCAUCAUUAUAAUAGUUGUGUGGUUGAAUUUAUUAAUAAUCCCUUCCAAUAGUUGUAUCUCCAAGUUUUGUCUCUCAGUGCCAUUGAGAAUUGGCAACUGUUCAUCAUGGCUUUCAUACGUAUCUUCUUGAAGUAUUGCACAUUCACAUCACAACCUUGACUCCUGCCUUUGAUACGCUUCUCUUUCUUUCCUCUCUCCCAUCUUAAUCCUCUGCUGGGUUUUUUUCCUGUAAAUUUCAAGGUUUUUGCCUCAUGUUUGAGUUAUGUGUAAAGGUUUACGUUUGAUCUCAUGUAAGGAAAAUUCAUCAGUCCCUUUGUAUGUUUUCAUAGGCAGUGCCUACUCCCCUCCUUUUUGUAUUUUGUGUUUCAUGCAUUCAUGGUCUUUAGUGCUUUGUAGAGCUUAUGAUUUUUUUUUUUCAAUAUCCCUCAUUCCUUCCCUGAGCUUUAAGAGAAGAGGAAAGUGGCCAAGUUUCUCAAGGUUGAAUGUACGGUGUCUUGUCAGUGGCCCUAUACCAUCCAUUCAAGCAAUACACCUUGAUGUUUCAGUAUUGUCUCCUGCUGCAUUGCUCUCCCUCUUGUCUCUUUUUUCAUGCCAGUCUUCUUCAAGCGCCUCAAGUCAUGCUUCCAGAUGAGAUGAAAGAAUGGCAUCCUUCCUCACCUUCCCCAAUCCCCGCACUCGAUAUUUGAAUGAAUAACACGUGUGGGAAGUGCUAUCAACUUGGUAAAAGUUUCUCUUAUCCUCAGGUUUUCCUGCUCCCCGAUGUUGAUUUGUGCCUAAGGUGUAGCAUUUGUUCCAAUAAAAGUGUACCACAGAAAA